UGUAUUUUUAUGGGAUUGUGCUUUGAUAAGAGCACGUCUGUAAAAUCCUGUGUCUCCUUAUAACACUUGAAGUGCGAGCUAAUGGAGGUUUUGUACACCAGCUGCCAGUGAGUAAAUCAGCUCUCCGUUUGUGGUUAUCUGCGCUGAGGAAGAAGAAAAGACUUGAUCUCGUCAAGCCAAGACAACAAGAAAACAAACAUUACUCAUUUGAUGGUCAUGUGCCUGCUGAGUCCUAUCCUAUCAAAUGCCUUGCUGUCUGGCCUAAUCGGAAGUUGAGAAUGUGUCUUCAGUCAGGACGUGUGCCUUUACUGAACGGGACUGGAUUGUCGCAAACUUGGUGCGUUUGAAACCGACGACAUUUACCCGAGUUGGUAUCAGCAUUGUGUAUGAAUCACAGACGUGUUGCUUUACUGCUGGGAAGGUGCAGGCGAUUGCCAUAACAACGUCUGAUGCAGUCGUCCGUCACUCUGCCUUUUAUUUUAUUUUGAGAAUCUAUCCGUGGAAGAUCAGAAGGCCUGAACUGCUAGCUUCAUAUCAAUUGAAUUUAGGAAUUUAAAUUUCAAGACUUCCAUUUCAAGAAGGGCACGGUCAGCUGUGCAUUGUGUUUAAUGAGCAUUUCAGCGCUUGAAACCCUAAUUUUCUGAAGAUGAAGGAUCUCUGUCGUGUCUGUGCCAGCAGGCUUCAAGGAAAUCAGCGUCGCUGGAUUUUCAGCAUCGCUGGCAAAAGGAGGUUGCAAGUUGUUCUGUCUUUCGUGUUGGACCAUAUAGUCAAUCGCGAUGGUGAAGGAGAAUUCUUGUGCAGUAAAUGUGUCUUUAUGUUGGAGAAGGUAUUUAAAUGCGAUAUCGUUAUUGCGCAUGUCCGGGCCCUUGCUGUUGAGAAGCUACAGAGCAUUACGGCAGAGAAGGAGCAGCUAAUUCAGUGCAUUUCUCGUUUGUAUUAUCGAUACAAUAAGAAGCCUCCAGGUCCCCAAUACCAGGAGCUGAGCUACACUCCGGAGGCUGCCAGUCUGCCUCGUGAGAAUUACAGCAGGCUCCUGCAAGCCGAAUUUUCCCUUUAUGAAUAUGAACAUAAAACACCAAGAAAAAACAGUAACGGGCGCUUCAGCUGCUCCAGCUGCCGACAUGCACCCACUCGUGGGCACAGAAUGAGAAAGUGCUUCAGUUAUGACUUGUCACGUGUAACGGAUUGUUUGUAUGAUUCGGUGUACUCGACCCCAAGAUGGUCCACACGGGGUGGCAGGUCAGGAUCUGCUCGUGUCCCUCCAUUAAGCAGGCAAUCACCCAGUAUGUGUUUUGAGUUGAUACAGAGGAGCAGCAUGUUGGCAGAGAAGGAGAGCAGUGGACUCAGUCUGAAGCAAUCCCUUUGUGCAGAGAUCUCAGAGAGUCCAUCACUGGCGUCAUUAAAUCUAAGCAGAAUCGAUUGGAAAAUCGACGAAGAACCUGAGGAAUUUCAGCUAACGUCGGAAUCUGAUUGUGCAGCGCUGGGUGGGUGCUGCCUCCAAAUGAGGGAGUCUGUUGCUGAGGCAAUUCAGCAAAUAAGUCAUUUUCAGUGCAAACCGGUGCCAUUCCAGUCACACAGCAAGAUCCCAAUAGCUGUGUAUUCUGCACGGAGACCAGCAUCAGGAUGCAGCAGUGCAAGGACCCCUGAUCUUGAAGGAGCUAGGUCUGUGCAGAAACCCUUGGAAGACAUGGAAGAUGAAUAUAUUCCCCUAAAAACUGAGAACCUGGUUGAGAAACAUAGGCAAUUUGGGCAGCUGGAGAUGGAAGCCAGGCAACUAAACUCUGAUCUGGAGAGGGCCCAGACUUCUAUCUGUGCACUGCAGGAAAAGCUAAAGGAAGCAGAGCAAGCCAACAAGAUCCUGCAGGAACAUGUUGAGGAAAAGAAGAGCAGUCUGACAACUGAGAAGCAGAACAGUCUGAAACGAGAUAAAACCAUUCAAGGACUGACUCUGGCUCUGAAGGCCAAAGAGAAAGAGAUUGAAGAGCUUUGUCAUGAAAUUGAAGAUCGGGACGAUGCACUGGCAAAAGCCAGAGAUUCGUUACAUAAGGCUCAACUUCAGAAAUUCCAGGGAGCAGAGGAGUAUCAAAGCCUUUUAACUGAGAAGGAAACAGAGUUGGCAGAGUUGCGCGUUGGGCACAAUGGGAAAGCGAUGGAGACACAGAAGUUACAGCGAGCAUUAAACCGACAAGAGCAGGAACUGAACGACUUGAAUCAAGCCAAGGGUCAGCUGGAGAGAGAGCUGGAAGAUAUGCAUCUUCAGAAAAACAAGGGCGACAAGGCAGUCAAUGAACUUCGGAAUCAACUAGAGAAAUUGCGCGGUGAGCUGACAGCCAAGGAGCAGGCAAUGGAACAACAGUAUAAAACCCUGCUGAAUGAGAGCAAACUGAAACUGCAGAGCCAGGAACUAGUCAUCGAGCGCCUAACCGACAGCUUAAACAACAAAGAUCAACUGCUCCAGGAUUAUAUGGAGUUGGCAAAAGGAGCUCAGCUUGGAGGGGAUCAGAGUCCCAGUGGAAAGGACGCCUUGCUGGCUAAAUUGCGUGACCGACUAAAAGAGAAAGACAAAGCCCUUGAGCGAGCCAUUGAUGAGAGAUACGCGGCUAUCGACGAAAAGGAGAAUGAGAUUCGGCAGCUGCGCUUAGCUUUGCGAGAAAAGGAGCACGAUUUAGAUCGCCUGAACAGUCUCUUUGCCAACAAUGAGGAAACCAUCAAUAGUCUGGACGGUGUCAUUAAAGAGAAAGACAUGGAGUUGCAACAUCUCACAAAUACCUGCAAAAAUUUACAAAGAGUGAAACAAGAGCUUGAGGAGAGCCGGGCGCGAGCACUUCGGGAGAAGGAUGCCAUUAUUUCACAGCUGGAGAACUCCCUGAAAAGCAAGACCCAGAGUUUGGAGGAAAUGACAGAUACGCUGUUGAGCCAGGCUCAGAGCGACACCAAAGACUUGGCAGAGCAGUUGAGUCAGCGGUUGAAGGUGAAGGAGAAGAUGCUGGAGGAAGCUUGGGUGGAUCAGAAAGACCUGAGCUCCAAGCAUGAGAGGGAAGUUGAGGACUUGCUGAAUCUUAUCAGCAACAAGGAUAAUCUGUUUAAGGAGGCAUCUGAACGUUAUAAUCGUAAAUUGUCUGACCUCAAUCGUGAGAUACAGGAAUUGGAGCGGCAGCUUGCUGAUAAAGGGCGUGAUCUCUUGAGUUUGGUGAAACACGAUUCCAUGCAAAACCAGGAGCAGAUCCUGGAAAUGGCUCAACUUAAAGCUGCUUUGGACGAAAAAGAUAAGAUUAUCAACAAACUGGUGGAGCAUGGGCAAGAGAAGAAUGAGUACUUUGCCCAGCUGAAGGAUCAAGGAACUCUGAAUCCUCCACAUGUUCUUGAGUUAAAACAAACCAUCAAAAUACUGCAGGAACAACUGGAAGAGGCCAAAUUAACUCAACACACUUCGGUGGAGGAUGAGAUUGUUGUCAAAACAUCUCAAAGCAAGAAGGGUUUGAUCUACCUCAAAAAAGAGCUCGCUAAAAAUACAGAAGAACUAAACAACGCCUUGAAGAAAGAAAACGAGGCUAAGAUGGAGGUAGCUCGACUCCAGUCUGUUCUUGAGUGCCUGCACAAGCAGAUUCAAGCACAGGCGGCAAGUAUUGAAUCGUUGUCUAACACCAUGCAGGUCAAGGAUGAAAUCAUAAAGGAACUUCAAGCGAGACUGAACGCCUCAUCCGAGGUGAGGGAAGUGGAGCAUUUUACAAGUGAAGUGAUUGUGCUGAAGGAGGGUAUCCAGAGACCGGAUCACCCUCCGAGGGAACGUACCAUCAUAGGGGGAGACAGCCAACAGUAUGCCACGACCACAGAAGAUGAGCUGUCAGAAGACCAGUUGUACCAGGCACUAAAAGCAGAACAGCAGCUCUACUCCAGGCUCAUCAAAGCAGUGAAGGAACCAGACAGCCACAGUCGUAUCCAAGCCUUGCAGAUGGAGCUGACGGCUGUCCAGCUGUUGCGGCAGCAGCUCGAAGAAAGCAUCCGAUCCAAUCAAGAUUUGCAGAAGAAGCUAGAAGAGCAAGUCCAAGAGACAAAGAGGAAAGAAGCCACCACGCCUAAGAUGCACGAGGCUGACCUGAGAGAAAUGGAGGCAUUAAGGCAUCAGUUGGAAGACUCCCAGCGCUGGAAUGCAUCAUUGCAGACUCGGUUUGGGCAGAUGCAGACGAGGGGCGGUGGAGUGGGGGCAGCCAAUGAUUCUGGUGACACUUUCACAACCUACGGAGACCAGACCUCGUAUUUGAGCAUUUGCCUGGGCGAGUACGAUAACCUGGAGAUAGGAAAGCUUUCCCUGCUAGAACUCAGGCAGAGGGUUAUUGACCUUCAGAUGAUUGUGAAAGAAUUGCAAAUGGCUAACCAAGAACUCCGAGAAAGGGAAGUUUUGUCAGAGCGUUCUAUAUUGGGCUCUGAAUCCCAAGAAAAGACGGAUGUACCAGCAAUGGCAGCUCAGAUAAAUUUCCUUGAACAGAAGCUGGAAGAGUCCAUGAAAACUAUCACACAUCUUCGGGAACAGCUACAAACCCUUAACCAAGCAAGUUCAGGGAGCGAAGGAAUGCAGGCGGUGUCUAAAGAUGACAAAUGUAUGCAGACAUCCCCUGAAAUUCCACUCGUGUCAGAGCCUGUGUCAGGACAGGAUUCCUCCAUCCAUAUCCGUAAACCAGCAACUGGGAAACCUCAGGAGUUGCCUGCCUCAAGGUCUCGAUCGAGUAGUGCCACUAGUAUUGCUCAGACUGCAGACCUGGUUUUGGAGGAGCUAACCAGGAUUAAACAGGAAUUGGAGGACACGUCUAGACAGCUGCAGGAUGUGACCAGCCGUCUGGAGAUGACACAAGGCCGCCUGCAGGAAAGCGAGGCUGAGAGGCACAACCUGGAGCAGGAAGUGGACCUCAUGAGGUCUUUGCUAAACGAGAAUGGUGUAUUAUCAAUUCCUGAGCUCAGGACAGAAAUUGUCAGGUUGAGAAGCGAAGUGACUGUCCUGCGAGAUGGGCUUGGUGAAAAUGUGUCCGAGGGAGAAACUGAGGACAGAAAUGAAAAGACUGACGUUGACCUGAGGGAGCUGGUUACGGAGUUGAAGGUUAAACUUAAGAACAGCAAAAGGGUUAAUGACUUCCUUAAACGGCAAGUGGAACUUAACUCUUCCACAGAGGGCGAGAACAGUUUUAACCCUGAGUUGAUUGUAAACAUGGCAAGAGAAAUAGAACGUCUGGAGGCUGAACUGGAAGCUGCCAAACAAAAACGAGCGAGCAUGGAUGGAAGAGCUGAAGAAAUGAAGAGGAAAGGGGUUCCACAAACGAAUCUGCCACGUUCGAAGUCUUUGGAGUUGAGAACGCAACAACCAAAGAAGACCGAAGAGAUAUCUGAUGGAUCUGUUCGAUCUGACAGCUCAGUCACUGUCACAGUCAAUACGAGGUCUCGUCUCCCUAUUCCACUGAAGCAGACGAGAUCCACCAGCAGUGUGAGCGUGGCCUCCAGCCAGGACACGGCGUCUGACAACCAGCAGCAAGUUGAUCGGUUGAAGGGAUUAUUGAAAGACUGCAAACUGCAGAACAGGCAGCUGCAGAUUGAACUGUGCACUGCUGAAGCAACAAUUAGCAGCCAGGCAGAGAAAUUGAAACUUCAUUGUUCUCCCCAAGCUGAGGCCUCUUUGGAGCAAGAUGAUAAAGAAGUCCAAGUGGACUUUCAGGACCUUGGUUAUGAAACCUGUGGAAAAAGUGAAACUGAGGCGGACAGAGAUGAGAGCAGUAGUCCAGACACAGCCAGCCGUUUGCCAGGCCACCACUGCAGCGAUUCAAACAUCCCGUCUCUACUUAAACUCGACCGCCGUUUCUUUUCCAUGGAGAAUCUUGACACCAACUCAUCGACUUCCUACCCCAGCUCGCCAAGUUUGAUUUCACCCAAAGUCAGCUUGAAGAACCUCAAUGUAUUUGACGAGUACGGACAGACCGACAACACAAGUGAGCUCCAAAUCCAAAUCCACGAACUGAAAGCGCAAAUUGAGAAGUACCAGAAAAUCGUUCACCACCUUCACGCUCGUAUACGUAAGAAUUCUCUAUCGAGCGAUCAGUUGACCAUCUCCGAUCACAGUCAACAAGCAAAGAGCUCCUACGAAGGGCAAUAUUUGGACCCGGUUCAAAAGGAGGACGUACAUUGCUCCAGUCAGAGAAGACAUUCCAUACAGUCUUCAGACUUGUCUAUUCGAAUCAGGCAGAAGAAAGGAAACCAUUUGGAUCACAUGCCAAGAUCCCAAAGUAUGGAUUUCGGAAACCAGGACGAUCGAGGAAGCUGGUCAGUAUCUCAGUUUGCGGAGAACGGAGAACAGAUGCAACAGCUGAAGAGACGAGUGAUAAAGCUGGAGGAUCAGAUACAAAAAGAGAGAGCUAUGAAUGAGAGGCUUCAGGGACAACUGCGUCACGUCCAAACUAAGUUGGCAGCAGCAUCCCCGGCAAGAUAUGAUCCACUAAUACAGUCCCAAGCAAGAGAUCUGUCGCACCUCCGCCAGCAAAUUAAAGAAAGCUGUAAUAUCUGUACCUUGCACUACCAACAACUCGUGGGUCUUACCAAAGGCUUUGAGGAACUUCUGCAGGCCAGCGAUGUUGAUUAUUACAUCGGAGAGGCAUUCCGUGAGCAGCUUGAUGAGAGCUUGCAGCUGGUGGUUAAGCUGGAAGGCAACCUUGACAAUGGGGAAAUAUCCUCAGUUGGUGGAGACCACACGUUUCUUGAUUUGGCUCAAAGUCCUCGCAACCUACAGCAUGAAAUUCUGUAUCUUCGAAAGCAGCUUGAGAGUGAACGAAGUCAGCUGCAAAAGCAGUUGAAUGACCUCCUGCUUCAGAAUCAGUCCUUGUCACAGUCAACUAAAGAACAACUUGACCAACUUACAAAAGAGGUUCAGGAGAAGAACAAAACCAUUUGUCACCUGGAGCAACAGCUAAGAGCUCAGUCGCACAUGUCCAACAGCCACCUCUCUUCAUAUUGCGAGGCAUCGGAUCAGAGCUCCGUUCGUUCACACGAAAGUCGGUCAACCACUCCCGAAGCACGGAAGAUUGGUGAAAACCUAAUUCACGACUACAGUGUUCGGCACAGUCGUUUACAGAGGAGGCUUUCGCAAGAUUCAGACGAUAUUGCCAAGUACCGAUCAUCUUCUCAAAGUGGUUUCUCAGCUGCCGGCUCGAGUACAAACCUGCAGAUUAAUGAGCAGACGGCAGAGCGAAAAACACGGUCUGGACUUUCCAUCACUCCAGAUGACAAGGCGCUACAUCCUGAGGAUGUGGCAGGGAGCCCAUUGCCAGUACAAACGUUGCCUCACAGUGACAGGACAAGUGAAAAUGUUGGUGCUCAGACAUCUUUGCUUAACCAGAAGCUGUUUGAGCUGCAGAGAGAAAACGCCACCUUGCAUGACCAGCUGAAGAGCAAAGAAGACCUGAAUGAGACAUUGAGGACGGAACUGGACUUGCAUCGAUCCAUCUUGACAGAGGGACAAGAGGGGACUGGUCACCAGACCACUCGCUCACUCGACAGUGAUCGGUCUUUAAAAUCGAACCAGCAGAUUGCAAUGUCCAAAGAGCAAAGAUUUGACUCUGGCCUAAGUGCUGCAGAUUUAUUAGCUGAGCACCUUCAUGAAAUCCGCAGCCUGAGGGAGCGUCUGGACGAAUCGAUCAGAAACAACGACCGGUUAAGAGAACAACUUGAGCGGCGACUGGCUGAAGCUGAGCGUGAUCCAGCUUCCACAAAUAUCUUCAUCCACGGCUCAGAAGAACACAGUCACCUGACCGACAAGAUUCAUUACCUGAAAGAACAAAACCAGGCUUUAAAGGAGGAACUGAUGAGAGGUUCACGGGACAAGCAAAGGGAAAACGAGAAACUGAAAGAGUCGCUUUCGAAGAGGAAUGUCACCAUCGAACACCUGCGCAGCGAGUGCGAGCGAGUGAGGAGGGAGCAAGGGCGACUGCAGGCUAAAGCCAGCAGCGGUCACGAAGAAAAUAAACGACUCACUGACGAGCUGCAUCAAAGUUGCGAUGAAAUCAACAGGUUACAAAGAGAGCUCGCCUUACAGAACGAAAAGGUUACAGAGAACCAGCAGCUCCUGAAAUCACUACAAGUUGAACUUCGAGUAUACGAGCAGCUAAGAGAAGCCAAGGAAAAGAAAGCAGAACCCUCACAAGAUGCGACCUGUGGGCCAGCAAAGGAUUCCCAGGGUCCACUUGAUCUGAGUGAACUCCUGGCAGAGAUCCGCAGUUUACGGAUUCACCUGGAGCGCAGCAUUCAGACUAACAAUGCUCUGCGCCAGAAGCUUGAAGAACAGCUUCAAAAGGGAAGUGGGAAGAACGACAGCAGCCCAUCCACUAUUAAUAUCAAUUAUCUUCUGGCUAGAGACCAAACAUCUUCUGGGAGCAGACGCUUUUAUCAAGAUUUCAAAGCUGACAGAUCUGAUGCUGCUGGAGAUGGUAAAGAAACCUUCCAAUCUCUUGGAAUCCCAACUCCAAAACCUGCCGAUUUCCCCCCAGAAGUCAGUGUCACAGAUGGUUUACUGUUCCGAAUCCCGGGAGUCAAAUCUCUGCCGAAAGAUGACGUUGACAGCUCGUCACACUGCAGUGACAGUUCAGUGGAGAAUCUGUCACACAAACCCGCCAGACCUGUGUUAGGCCAUCGGAUCUGGGCGGACAAGAACGGACGGCUUGUGGUCGGGCUGCUGGAAGACUACAGUGCGCUGCGCAAGCUAAUCUCAGAGGGACGGCUGCUGAUUCGGGCCAUGGACACCCGCCUCCGAGAUUGUCUCAACACCGUUGCUCAACGGUCCACAGGCUCAAAGGAACCAGAUGAACCUUUCUUAAAGGACUUCUCGUCGGAUAUCAGCGCCAUGCAGCGGCUGCUCGAGGAAGCUGGGCGCUUUCUAAAGCUCUUCUGGAGGGUUUCCCUGCCAAGUCCUAUGGCCAACGCUGGGGGUCAACACAAAACGGACAAAAUUGUGAAGGACGAAAUACAUCAGCUGCGGAAGAAAUUGACUGAACAGGAGAGGCUUCUGUACGGCACGGUUAAACGCCUUCGCACAACAAACCAGCUUAAAGAGGGCAUGGAGAAGGUCAUCAUUGACCAGUUGUCGCUGACCCACAAUGUCCUGAAGACGGCUAGAGGAAAUCUGGAGAUGAAUCAUUACAUGGUAUUUGGUCUUAAAGGCUUUCCGAAGCCAAGUGAAGACACAACCCUCCGAUAUCCCCCUGGUAAAUGGGAACUAAUUAAUCCAGCGGCCCUCGAUGGCAGCGAUUCCAGCAAAGAUGCUGCCUCUACUUCUGAAGAGAAACACGACUCCUUGACCUCAUCACUUUGCAGCUAUUGAAGAAAUAACUAUUUUUAAAUGCCCGUAUUGUUUUGUUUAAAAACAUGAUUUGAGCUUUUUUUGCACAAGCUGAGUGCAGAGUGAGAUCUGCAUGUCUGUCCAAUAAACCCUUCUCAAAUACUUUGCAAAGGACUUUACACUCUGAACGGUACAGCUGUGAUUUCAGAUGUUACCUUAAAAAGUGAGAUGAGCAAAAAAAAAGGGAUUUUUAUUCAAAUGGGAUUGUAGAAACAGUGUUUAACAGUGUUAAAAUACUUUUUUUUUAAACUGCAGACUUUCAGCAAUAUUGUAACUUUGACCUCUGGUAAAAUAGUUUUAGAUGUGAACCUCUGUACAUUCCCUCAGUUUAACAAUAAGUAGACUGUAAAAAAAAUCAUUUUGUAAAUAAUAGAGGGGGUGUAUGUGUUUUGUUGCAUGAUUUUUUUAAUUCUGUGUAACGUCUCUUUUGUGGCUGUUGAGAUGCAUGUUUUAAAAGGAGACAAUGGUAUGUAUACUGCCUUGCCCUCAAACUACUCCUUUUUUUAUUGUAAAGAAUUCUUGCGAGCAAUUCCAAAGUGUGAGAAAGGGCCUGCCUUACUGUACAUUUUGCUGGAAUGUAUGGACCUCAAUCAGUGUUCUUUAUUUUUCUUAAUACAUUUUUAUAUUGUCA